AUGCUGACCUUGAUCAUCGUGCCUUUGUUCGCAACAUUUGCAGCUGACAACGUGUGGGUCAAGGAGAGUUUCUACAGGUUCCAGCCUGUGGUGACUUUUACCGAUGAGCUUUACGUCUUGGUGAUAGUUCCAACCGUGCGUGCAAGCACAGAGGAUAGAAAUCGGGAUGGCAUUGCCGACACCUUGCAAUUGACGCUGGAAUUUGCGUCGGAGGGAGCCACAUUCCAAAACCUGCUGCUCCUGGCUGUGUACGAUGUGCAGCUUCAUGGCAAGGUGACAGAACGGCUCAGCGGCCUGGUGGCGCUUGACCUGUCCAGCCCCUAUGCAGCAUCUGGACUUUGGGUCCAGGGCCAGCUUUCAUUUAGGCAAAAGCUGCCCUUGCACCAGAGCACUGAGGUGCGGUCGGUAUACUCAGGCAGCCCGCUUGAUGUCAAUUGGAGGUCAAACUGGAUUCCAGAGAAGCAGCCUCUUUCACUCCAGGAACUUCUAUCACGUUAUGCGCAAAGGCCAGGAAUGCAUUUCUCUCUGACGCUUAGGGAAGCGUUUGGCCGGCAGUUGAUGCCAGUUGAUGCCCCGAGCGACUGCGGCCCAAGCAAGCCUGCGCGUCAGCCGCACUUGGUCCCAAUGCCCAAUGCCGUGGCACUAUGA